ACACACACACACACACACACACACACACACACACACACAGGAUGGCAAAGCACCAAGGCUGAGAUCUAUAGACCAGUUUAACUUUAGGUCAAGGUUUGUGUGCGUUCAUGCGUACGCAUGCGUGUGUAUGUGUUUCCAUUAGAUUGACAGAGGGAGGUGGAAGUGAUACAGUUGUUCAUUGAUAACUGGAGCUUGUUCUCACAUUGGAGGGUCGGGCCCUCAUUACGCACUGGCUCAAUGUCAGGGAGCACAGCUGCUGGGUUUGGCUGGUGCUGCCUGUACAGGCUGCACAAAACCAGCUGUGCAAACAAACACACACACGGAAACUGUAAAGGCAGUAAGGGGAACGGAGUGGUAACAGACGGGCCACGGAGGUUCAGGUAGACUUGAAAGCAAACAUGCGUAAACCCACACAGGUAUGCACGCCAAAGAUGUGAUUCUAGUUGGAGAGUGACAGGAGGAAGUGGUUGCCAGGGCUAUGCUAGUGAUAGGGGUGGGGUGGGAUUACGGCGCUGAUCAGUCGUGGGAUAAUGCUGACAUACAGAGAGCCCGUUUUGUCUCACAGUGUGACAGAGACCUGAACAGACUCGAUCACUAUCUUGCCGUCUCAAAUUAGGACACAUUUCAACUCCUUAAAGUGCUUCUUCUCUGAAUUCUCCACCGCUGUGCUGCUUUAUUAGGCCGCUGGGAAGAUUUAAGAAAGAUAGAAACCUUUGCCGAGGCUUGCCCCAACUUCUUUAUCGUCUGGGCAUUAGCCAUCUGCUGGCACAUGUGCAGGAGUGCUUUGGGGGAGGUGAGCCAUGAGUGCCUGUGUUUGUGUAGUAGCCACUAAGGCAGACAGGAACUCUAAAAUUAGGCCCAGGCCAUUCUAACUGGAACAUUUCUGGCCUUAUCGUGUCAAGAGAUGGCUAUUACCCAAGCCGACUGUUGUCUGAGCGAUACGGCAGGUCUGGUUGGUUUUUCUUUCUUUCUUUUUUUUUUUUUGUUUGUUUUGCCUGUUUAGUGUCUCUAGGCAGCCAGAGCUCAGCAGACUUUUCCAUGACAUUGAGACAAUUUGAUUCUGUUUUGAUUUGACCAUCAUGUCCAAUAAAGAGCACAUUGUGCAGGAUGUGUUCGUUAGUCACAGAGGACAGAAAUGGUCUCCAGAGUGAAGGUAGCAACACAAGAGCCAAGGGCUGAUUGCAGAUGUAAGUGGAUCGUCUCCAGAAACAGAAAUUCUCACUCAUGCUCUAAAGAAGGAUACUGCUGAGUCCACUUUGUGCACUUACACAGGACUUGUGCUCCCCCCCACUAUUGCCGUGCGCCAUAAUCCAAAUGACAAAACAACCUAUUGUUUGUUCUAACCUGUCUGCCCAUCUCCUUGGGGAAGGAAUGGCAAGGCGUGCACUUUUUACAGCUUCCUAGUGCCCCUGAUUGGACUCAGAAAGAAGGAAAGUGGGGGCAGUAAAAAUAGUUUGACACCCUCAAGGUCCAGCCAGCAAUCUCCUCUUCUCUCUUAGCCCAUAAAACUCUUUGAAUUCUCUCCUAAACCCCCCCACCCACCCCCUAUUUCUCUCUCUCUAAUUCUUCACCAGACUCUCACUUGCAGCUUUGCUUCAGAUCAAGGUUGUUAUGUUUGCCGCUCGUGGUGUCUCCCUAUUAUUUUCAGUUGCAUAACUCUUUCUGCAAGGCCCCUGCGUCUGAAUGCAGCUUUGAUCAGGUCCGUGCAUCGGUUUGGAGUGGGCACUUCACGCACCCCCACUUUGAAGCCCGAGCGACGAAUCUGAGACUGGGUCCUCAGCGUCAACUUAGGGGAUCGAGGCACAAUCUCAUUCUCUCUGGCUUUCCAGUGCCAAAGUACUUUUCCAUGUUCUCAGGAGUGUGGCGCUUGUUGAUGCUGGAACAAGAACAGCCACUUGAACUGGUGUGUGUUGAUGUGGGCUGAAACCUGCGUGUGUGUGCGUGCCUCUCGUCCCUCUCCCUCUUUAACUUACCACUCUUACUUCUGCUGUUGUGGUACCAGCCGUCAAGUGUAUGUCCUGGCUCUUAUAUUUUGACUUUCAUGUGAGAGUGACAUAUUACAUAUUAUUACUGGGAAUAAAAACCAGUCCUAAUUUUUCCACUAAUGCAGUGUAACACACUCAAUUCUCCAACUGUGUACUCAGAGGAGUCCGCUGUUCCAAUAUCACCUUCUCCUGUGAAAAUUGCCACAUGUAUUUACUCUUAGCCACUUGGAUAUAUUCAGUUCUUUUUUUUUUUUUUUUUUUUUUGACUUAAUGGAGUUCCUCUUUUCGCUACAAAUAAAAAGCUGUGGGAAAAGGACUGUAUGUCAGCCUAAUCUUGUAUUCUCCCCUCUCUUAAUAAGUAAUGAUCAGCAGUCUGUUAUCUCUCAGCUUGUUUUAUGCAAUCAUGGGGUAUUACCCAGGGAUGAAUGCUCCCUCUUCAGAGAGGAAAACAGAGCCUGGAAAAUUAGCAUUUUCUGACAACCAUUACUCACUGGGCUAAUCCUGUCAAGGAAUGUGUGGCUGCGCUAUCAAUGCAGGCGAGGGGUCGCCAUGGCCCAGGCCUGCACAUCGGCUCUUAUCAGGCAGGGUAAACACACUAGGGGCCUGCAUUAAAUAAGUGUCACAGUCACUGGAGGCGGAGCAAGCCGAGCCCCCCUGCCAGUGUGCAGAUAAUCCCUUUAAAAAAAAAACAAAAAAAAAAAACAUGCUGGUCAGACCCAGCUGUGGCCUGUGGCUCAGGUGUAGGGAAAGUGGGGGAGGAGAGGUAUUGUCUCGGCUGUGGUGUAGGUUACAAUACAAGCCACUCAGGGUUUUUUGGCCGUGCUUGUGUUUGCGCAGAUACAUUUCACAAGAUCGGGUAUCAGAUGUUCACUGUCCACCCAGGCAGUUUUGGAAAAGCUUUGCGUCCACAUCGAGAUACCAAAACAGCUCGGAAAGUGUCCUCCUAUGUUCUCGACUUUGUCAGGGACGUCCCACUGAGUUAUGAAACAGGCAGAAUUUGCUCUGUGUGUUUCGAACGUUACAUUUCUGCUUUUACAUUGUUAAGGUUAAAAAAAAACCCCACACAGUUUUGUAUGUUGGUGCCUGGCCUUAAUCUCUACUAUUAUGCAUGCACAGACAAUUUGGGCAAGCAGCUGUCCUCCAGAUCACAUGACAAUCACAAAAUUACAGGCUGGGAUUUCUGAAGCACAUAAGGGGAAAAAGGCAAAACAUGAGAAGUUUGGAUGCACUCACGGGGCUACAAACUUCAUUGCCACUAUAUUUUAUCAGCACUGAUAUUAGCGUCAGCUGACUGUUAAAACUGCUUUUAUAGUGUGAGUUUUUGCUAUGCCUCAUGGAUGACACAGCUGCAGGGUUUGCUUAAUAAGCUGGAACAAUGUUACCUGGAAUGUUGCGGUAUAAAGGCAGCAACUCCGAAAACAACUUCCUGGACUUCUUCUAGCUGUAACUAAACUGUGAGGGAGGAAAGAAAAAGUUAGGCGCCCUGCUACUAUGACUGGGUGACUUUGGCACUUUUUAUCCUUGUGUGUGCUGUGUGAACCGAGGCGCCUCUCUGGGCAGCACCAGAGGAAAAGUGUAAUAGUGUUACACUGGGUAUACAAGGUGGGAAACCUUGAAUAAUGUGGGGAUGAGAGCAAGCCAGAGAUCCGAGUCAGCCAGUGGGUCACCAGAAGGUGAGGCUGCCUACUUGCCUGGGUUCAGGAAAAGUUCAGCCGCAUAGCAUUAGGCAAAUUAGGGAGACCGCGGCCGGGGGAGAAGAAAAUCGGGAGGGUUAGGGACUGAUGAGGGGAAAGGGUCAAAUUAGUUGGAAGGAGGAGCCCAGUAAAGAGUGAGAACAUAAACGGGGAAUUCCAGGAAAAAAAGAAACAAGAGAGUUAGAUUGUGUUAUAGCAGCCGCUGUGUGCACAAUCACUCUGUAAAGACACGCAAGACUAAUUACUGAGCUUAUAUAACUUAAUCAUGUCCUCAAAUACUUUCCUAUUUAAAGCCCUCGCUGCUCAGUUUGACGCCGGCCGGCGGGCUCACCCCCCAAAAAGAAACACUCCCGCAGUGCCCGUGUUUCGGGAGAGGGAGAUCCGUGGUGACGUCCCUGAAGGGGUUAAAGAAGGGGCGGAGCAACGCAUGAAAGGCACCGAGGGGAAGCAGGAGAGAGAGGGGGGGGGAAGGAGAGAGAGAAAGAGCCGAGUGGAGGUGGAGCCAAAGCUCUCAGCUGCUGUGCCUUGUCACAUUUCUGCAGAACAUGAUAGCCGCACGGUUUGGUGUGGGAAUGGUUUUAGGCUUCUCUUCCCCGAAUACAAAACAAGGCGGCGCUGCGCGUUUUAACGGGAGCCUGGAUGUUGGAGAGCAGGGUCUGACGGAGGGAAGCGGCCGCUCGUUGUAGUGCAACAGAGUCUGCGAGGCUGGGGGGGAGGAGGAGGAGGGGGGACUGGUUCGUUUUACAGAGCUGACAGGAGUCCACCCACGACGGGCGCAAACGGGACAACCGACCGUAACCCAAAAGGACAAACUGCAACUCUGCGGAAUUCCCUCUCCUAAUAUUUGCGCCUGCAACACAUUCCCAAAUCUCCCUGCGCUGUCCACGCAGACUUUGGAGAUUUGUGUUGUAUUUAUUUAAAGAUUUGUUUGCACUGGGGGUUGGAUUUAUUCUUUGUCGUGUGGAUACAGCCUCAUAUGUUGCUCUGUUUGAGCAGCGCCGUAAAGACAGACACCUUCUGUUGAAGUUAUUCGGCUCGUCCCCGAUUUUCUUCUUCUUCUUUUUUCCUUUUAUUGUAUUUCUGUUGUCGAGUUUCUUACCUCGGACACAACGCAGACUGCUCUUUGAGAUUAUGUUUUCAUAUCCGAUCAGGCGCAUUCGGACACCGAUUCAUCCAUCGGUCUGGUUUUCGAUCUUCACAUUGCCGUGAGAAGAUGCCAAAUGUUCCGAUGUCCCUGCUGUGUUUGGAUUUACCACUUUCCCCUCGAUUUUAAUGCAGUUUCCCCCCCUCCGUUCGGCACCGCUGCUGGUGGCGAGCUGAAAACCAACCCCUCACAAACAAUUCGGGUAUUUUGUUUUUGUUUUUUGCCCUCUUGCUAAUAUUUCCCCCCUGCCGUCGCCCUGCUUCAUAUGAUGUAUGAGAGUGUGGACGUUGUGGGACUGAAUCCCAGCCCGAACCCGUUUUUAAUGAUGGAUUACUACAACCAGAGCAGAGGAUGCUUGAUCCCGGAGAAAGGACUGAUGCCCGGGGCGCCCCAUCCGUACAGCACGUCCAUCAGGAACCAGCACUGGAACGGCUCCAAUCACUCAAUAGAGACCCAGAGUACCAGCUCAGAGGAGAUAGUGCCAAGCCCGCCCUCGCCUCCCCCUCCACCCCGCGUCUACAAGCCCUGCUUUGUGUGCCAGGACAAGUCCUCAGGGUACCACUAUGGUGUCAGCGCCUGUGAGGGUUGCAAGGGCUUCUUUCGGCGAAGCAUUCAGAAAAACAUGGUGUACACUUGUCACCGGGAGAAGAACUGCAUCAUCAACAAAGUCACCCGCAACCGCUGCCAGUACUGUCGGUUGCAGAAGUGCCUGGAAGUCGGGAUGUCGAAGGAGUCGGUGAGGAACGACCGGAACAAGAAGAAAAAGGAUGAAAAGAAGCAGGAGUGCACAGAGAGCUACGUGCUGAGUCCUGACACGGAGCAGAUGAUCGACAGGGUUCGCAAGGCACACCAGGAUACUUUCCCCUCCCUCUGCCAGCUGGGCAAAUACACUACGACUAACAGCUCAGAACGACGUGUGUCCUUGGACGUAGACCUGUGGGACAAGUUCAGUGAGCUGUCCACUAAGUGCAUCAUCAAGACAGUGGAGUUUGCCAAGCAGCUGCCCGGCUUCACGACGCUCACCAUUGCCGACCAGAUCACUCUGCUCAAAGCUGCCUGUCUGGACAUCCUGAUACUGCGGAUCUGCACACGCUACACACCAGAGCAAGACACGAUGACUUUCUCAGAUGGACUUACGCUAAACCGAAACCAGAUGCACAACGCUGGCUUCGGUCCCCUCACUGAUCUGGUUUUUGCCUUCGCCAACCAGCUCCUUCCUCUGGAGAUGGAUGAUGCAGAGACGGGGCUGCUUAGUGCCAUCUGUUUGCUGUGUGGAGAUCGACAGGACUUGGAAGAGGCAGACAAGGUGGACAUCCUGCAGGAACCCCUUCUGGAGGCGCUGAAGAUUUAUGUAAGGAAGAGAAGGCCACACAAACCGCACAUGUUCCCCAAGAUGCUGAUGAAGAUCACUGAUCUUAGAAGCAUCAGUGCUAAAGGAGCUGAGCGUGUCAUCACGCUGAAGAUGGAGAUCCCCGGCUCCAUGCCACCUCUCAUCCAGGAGAUGCUGGAGAACUCAGAAGGUCUGGAAAGCGGAGCCGCAGGCGGACGACCCAGCGGCGCCCCCCCAGGCAGCUGCAGCCCCAGCCUGUCCCCCAGCUCUGCCCAAAGCAGUCCAGCUACACAAUCGCCGUAGUCACGGCCCACGUUUUCAUUUUCAUUUUUUCUUUGUGUUGCGCUCUGUCUCCUCCCAUUAAUGUUCUGAAGAGGAGGGGUGAAGGAGGUGGGUCUUCUUGACCCCUAACUGCUGAACACAGGAGACCAGCAGAGCCAACCACCUCCUCUCCGACAACAAAAAUCCCAAUUUCCUGAUCCGCUUUCCCCUCUCUCUGGAUUUCUAUCCAGACAUGAGGGGAGAUGAGGCUGGACAGGCCGGGGUAACCGGAUGCCUCCAACAUACCACACCGUAAAUACUGCUGAUGACUCUUCCUCCUUCUCCCUCCCUUCUCCACCUUUUUUUUUUCUUUUCUUUUUUCUUUUUGAAAAGACUAACGGAGAUGAGGUGUGGAUGAACCCGAGAGCGGUUGGAGCACAAUGGAACAAAUAUAAGGACAAUGAACACAGACUGACUUGACAAACACCAGACACUUUUGUUUUUUUUUUGUUUUCUUUUCUUUUCGUUGUUGUUGUUGUUGUUGUGCUCUGAGGCAGACUACAACUGAACUUUUGGGACUUGUCAAAAGAACCCACUCCUCAAAGACUCUGGGUCUUUUCCUCUUUUCCAGUUUCAUGAAAAAAUAACAGAUUUCGUACAAAAAAAAGAUAUAUAAAUAUAUAGAGAAAAAUUAAGGACCUAUUGCGAUCGACAUGUCCAGAACAGGAUGGCAGGUUGAAAUGAGGACAUGUUUUCUGAGCUGAGAUUAGAAAUUGUUGUACUCCUUCACUGUUUGAAUCUUUUUCAUACCCAUCGAGUAUUGAGAAAAAUGCUUUGGUUUCACAUUUGUAUAUUCUAAUUGACGGGGGGAAGAAAAAUAAGAUUAUUUUUUUCCCCUUUCCAGUCCACACGAGCAAACACACAAAUGUGCACAGAAAACAAGUCGCAAUGAUUAUCACCUACUAUUCCAGGUCGGAUUUGUUUUCUUUUUUUUUUUUUUUUUUUUUUUUUUUUU